AUGUUUCCGAUCCUCGUCUUGCUGGCCUUCAUGGCAGACAAAGGCUGGUUCUCCAGGGAUAAGAGCACGCCUGUCAUGACCAAAGGCAAAACUACGAAGCUUUUUGAUGACAUGACCCUGGAGGAGCUUCAGAAGGCAGAGAUGAAGCUCCAGAAGGAGUAUGGCAUGGAACUGAGUGAUGAGGAAGUGGCCAAGCUGUUGGCGAAAGACAUCGACAAGCACAAGUCUAAGGCGGCGUAUCGCGUGGGCGCCACACACGCUCUCUUCGGCGGCAAACGAGUCCCCGGAGUGGGUGAGAAGGCUCCAGUCCCUCCAGUCGCGCUGAAGUCGGUGGUACCCACAGCCGCCUGCAAGGUGGCGCAGCACAGCAGUGGGCCUCCGACCACAAAACCACCAUUGAAUUCGUCUCCAAGAACGUGGCCGUGUCUGAGAGCAUCGGCACGGUGA